GGCGCCAGCGGGCGGAGCCACAAGUCUCCCAGGCAGACACUCGAGACAUGUGGCUGAGACUUUCUGAAAGCUGCGCUCCGUUUCAGUUUUUAACUAUAAAUAACCGCCGGGUCGCCCGAUUCGUCCGCUUUCCGCUGAGAAACUCGAGUUCGGGCGUUGAGACCGCCGGGGAUCCGCGCUAGCAGCCGCCGCAGCCUCGCGAGCCGCCGCUCCUCGUUGUUCGACCAGUUGGACUCAGAAGUCGUUGCUCUCGCUCAGAUCAUUUCGCCUGUUCCCGUCCUGCAGUGGUGAUCAGGGCAGCCGGGGCCGGACAUGACUGGAGCUGGAAGUGGUGGCCAGGGUGCGCCUGACGGCACGGAGGCAGAGGAGGCGGAGAGAUGUCCCAUCUGCCUGGGCGUCCUGGCCGGAGGCGACCUGGCCGCUCCCGACAGCUGCUGCCACGUCUUCUGCCUCGGGUGCCUCCUCACCUGGGCAGAGUCACAGACGGUUCCUUCCUGCCCGGUGGACAGAAGGCCUUUCAGUGAUGUUUACAAAUGGGACCCGACUCUGGGAUGCAUCCAGGUCCCUGUGAGGAAGCGAGCGAGUCAGCCUGAAAGUGAAAAAUGCUGCUGCAGAAACCCCGAACAAAACGUCUGUCUGAAGAGUAAGCAAGGAAGAAGAUUGAGACGGCAGAAGGUGGAGAGGGCGCCAGAUGCCAAAGGAAAAGGGCUUGUGAGGAAAUGUAGUGACGACGACCCCUCUUCACUGAGCAGAAAAAAGGUGAGAGGAACAGAGUGCUGUACUUGGUCACCGUCUCCUUUCGGCUCAUUGCUGGGCACUUUGACACAGGACAUUGCAGAUCCUGUUUGCGCGGCAGACGAAACGCUUUACGACGCCGAGUUCAAACAGUGCAAACCACAGACGCAAGACUGUCCGUGGCUUUCUCCUGCUGCACCCAUACCUGCUAGUGGGACAUCGAGAAAUCGUUUCCAUCCUUCAAAUUGGAACCACAGCCCGUUUCCAUUUGGACCGUCAUCAUCUCCCUUUACCUCCAGUGCAUCAUUUGGCCCUGGUCAUUUUGUGUUUCAGGGUGUCGUCUGUGCCGUCACUUGUCCCAAAGGAGGAGAGAAGAGGGGCGGCCGGGCUUCAGGCUCCAAAGCUCCCACCAAAGAGGCGGAGACGCUACCAUCUAGACGAUCAGGACGCAACAGCAAAGCCCAGGAACAAACCUCCGCACCGGACCCCUCGUCCUCACCACAGUCCAACUCAUCAGACUCCGACGACGCCACUGGUCAGUCCGCCAAGCCAGGCAAAGCUUCUCAGGUGCCUGCAAAGAGAAAGGGGAGGCAAGUAACAAACCGGAAAGCCAGCGGGAAACGGAAAGCCCCAGCGAGGAAAAAGGUCUCUCCCCAAGUUGUUAACAGCCCAACAGCAAGUGCGGAGGAGGAUGAAGAAGGGAGCAGCGAGGACGAGGAUAAGGAAGAGGAAGGGGACGAAGUAGAUAAGGAGCAACAAAUGAACAACACGGAGCUGCAGCAGUCUGAUGCUGAAGGGAGCUUCAAGUCAGACCAGGACGGGUCCAGCCCUGCUCAUGAGCAAGGCAGUACAGAACCUUUGGGUAAUGAUGUGGGAGAGGAUAGAGAUGAGACUCAGGAACAAUCUGAUGCCCUAGAAGAGGGACAGAAACCAGAAGAGGAAAUGGCAGAAGAGAACAGGUCUUCGCCCUCAAACUCUCCUCCCAGUAGCCCUGGUCCAUGCUCGGAUGGUGACCAGGAUGAACAGGAUGACGAGGAACCGCAGGGCAGCACCAUGUCCUCUGGAGAAAAGGACUCUGAAGAAAGGAAUUCACCAUUACCUUCUGACUCUCACAAUGGGCCACUAGAGAAUCCCAUUUGUUCACACUCUGAUGAGAAUGAGCAGGAUGACAACAUGGACAUCUGUGCAGGUUCACCAGAAGUCAAAGGUGAGGCAUCUUCAGAGGAAGUGAAUUUAGAACCAUCUGAGAGCUCCUCACAACCUGGUUCCCCUUCUGCUGUAGACUCUAAACAAAAUUCAGACACCCCUGAGAAAAACACUUCUGAAGACAUGCAUGUUAAAAUACUCGGCAUAGAAGAAGGUUCAGUUGAUGAGAAAUCUAUGGAAGGGCCUAAAGAUGACAGUCCAGCCAAGGAUGACACUAACGUCGUCCCAAUGGACUGCAGUUCGCCCAGCAGCGAACAUGUUGACAAUCUAACCGUGGAAAUGCCAAGUGAGAGCACCGCUCCAGCUGCUGUGGACCCGCAUGCUUCGGCAAGCCAAGAUACCAAGGAAGAAAGCAACAAGGGCCGCCAGGAGAGAGACAAAAGCCCUGAGAAGAAGAAUGGCAGGCAGCGGCGCUCUCGGUUCCACUCGCCCACAUCCUCCUGGUCACCCAAAAGGGACUCCAGGCGAGAUUCAUCAAGGCGUUCGCGGUCCAGAGAGCGUGAUGGGUCAUCCCGCACUCGGAGCAGAGAAAGAGACAGAGACAGGGAUAGGGACAGCGAAAGAGACUAUUCUAGGCGGGAGCGUAGCCGCGAGAGAAAGAGGAGGCGGUCCAGGAGUCGAUCUAGAUCCAGAUCCAGGUCUCGGUCGAGAUCUCGAUCCAGAACGAGGCCCUACAGGCGCGGGCCAAGCCCUGAGCGGCCAACCUCCAGAGAGUCUUCUCCUCAGAGGAAGGACCGGAGGAGCGGGGGUGGCUGGAGGUCCGGCUCUGGCAGUGACACCCGGAGGUAUCAUGGAAGCGCUGGCCGUUUUGAAAAUGGAGCGCUCACCGAAACAUCCCCCGAUCGCCAGGGCCGGUCCAGCAAUCCUGACUGGGUGCAGGAAAAGACUCGUAGCGAUGCUGACACCAGGAACCGGGACUCGGGCUUUGGCGCACGCUGGGAUGACAACCGCUGGGAAGACAACCGCAACAGUGGGGGGUUGGGGGAGACUCAUGGGGUCGGGGGGGGUCGGGGGGGCUCUGACCGUGGCCAUGGCACGGGGCAGGGUGGCUGCAACCGCUCCUUCUACAACCAGCAGGGGGAGACAGGGGAAAACCGCUGGCAGCCCAGAAACAACUUCUCAGGAACAGGCAACAAUUCAGGGAACGACUCCUACAGCCGCUUCAAUGAAAACCGCGGUGGAGGCCGGAGAAAGGAGGCGGAGCCAGGUGACACGGUGCUGGACCGGUCGGGUUGGUCGUCAGCAUCCAGCUGGGCUGUUAGGAGGACACUACCAGCAGAUGUGCAGGAUUAUUACUCCAGGAGGGAGCGAGGUGGAGGACCAGGAGGCUGGAACCGACAAGAGGAGGAGCAACCAGCAGCAGCAGAUCCCCCUAAAAAUGAGUCUCUUCCCCCGGCGGUUCCCGGUAACGCCCCGGUCCCCGUCAUCAACGCAAUGCCUCCUCAUCCUCCCCAGCUGAACGUGCUGCAUCAUCACUACCCGCUGCAGGGCCCGCGAGGAGCGCUGCCGGUCAGCCUGCAGCCGGCGGCGCCGUACGCCAUGCCUCCUCAGGUCCCCAUGCACCUCCAUCCCGCCGUGCCUCUGCUGCAAGUCCCCGCCGUGGGAGCUCAGGGCCUGCCUCCCCCUCCCCCGCCGCCGCCCCCCAUGCAGCAAGGCAGCCAGACGGCCGCAGCCCAGCCAGACAGCCACAUGACGCAGAUGGCGAGCGGCAUGGUGGCUUACGGGAAACCCCCCCUGCUGCCCACCCCGACCAAAGCUGGCGUUGCCAUGGCGACACAGGGCCAGCCGACCGCCAGCCAGGCGCUGCCAUCCUCCACGACGCAGCCGGGGCAGCACAGCAAGGCUCAGGCCGACAGCUCCAAGAAGGAAAAGAAACAGCAGAUCCAGGAGAGAGCGAUAAAUGAAGUGAAGACAGCCAUCAAACCCUACUACCAAAAGAAGGAAAUCACAAAGGAGGAGUACAAGGAGAUUGUCCGCAAAGCGGUGGAGAAGGUGUGCCACAGUAAGAGCGGCGAGGUGAACUCCAGCAAGGUGGCCAACCUGGUGAAGGCGUACGUGGACAAAUACAAACACGCCCGCAAGAAGUGACGCCGCGGCGACGCUCUCCGAAAUACAAAAAAAAAAAAACGAAACAAAAAAAACCAUCAGCUGCUCAAGUGCAAUUUCCUCUCGCUGGAAUUUGGCCUCCAACCUGAAAGACGCCGGAGUGCCACCUUUGUUUUUGAUAUCUCUACCUUUCAUUGAAUGAAUGAAGAUUUUUUUCUAUAGAUUUUCAUAUUUUGUUAGUAAAAAAAAACAAUCAGAAAUUGUAACGCAAGAGCCCUUUAUUUUGCAUAGAUCCUGUGACGGGGGGGAACUACUGUACGCAGCCCGGGGUAGCGGGGGGGGGGACGACUAAAGACGGGACGCUCAGUGAAACCACAUCAGCUCAUGUAGUGGAGGAUUUCUCCCAGAAUGCCAAGCUGGUACGACGACUUUCUCCUGCCUACGCCUCGGCCUCCUGAUCCGCAUCGCUUAUGAAUUGAAUAUUGUCUUUGUUCCUUUUUUAAAAAUAUUAUAUAAUGAUAUUUCAGAUGAAAGCUUAGUUUAAAAACAAAAAAAACAAACCCAAAAAAAAAAAAAAAAAAUGUGCAUUGCCUUUAUUAAAUCUCUGU